AUGUUAGGCUUCUUCGUUUCGUUCGUUGUCGGUCGAUGGGGCUCGAUUCUAAACGGGAUCGGAUGGAUAGAUGACGCGUCUAUACUUUUUGCAUCCUACAUACGAGGUGGAGAUGAGCCAACCAGGGUUCUACGAAGAAAUCUUGUUAGGUACAUGGUUUUGUGUCAAGCAUUAGUUCUUCGCGAUAUUUCCAUGCAGGUGCGUAAACGGUUUCCCACGAUGGACACGCUCGCAGCAUCAGGUAAGUGA